GUAGAGAGGCUGGUGUUUUAGCAAGUCAUAUCUCAGCUGUACAGUCACAGAUAUAACAUUGUUCUAUCUAUACAAAUCUUUGGCACGGUAGUGAGGGGCAUUCUGAGUCAUUUCGGUGAGCUCCCAACUGGAUCCUUGUUCAAAAUACUUUAAAACUCGAUCUAGAACCAAGGGAAAAUUGCAAAUCGCAGGAAUUAGCUACCUUUAUGUCAGAUCGUGAAAUGCACGUUUAAAUACAUUUUUACCUGGAUAAAUUAUUCACCUACAAAAAUGAAUUUUCUUUAAACACACUGCAAAAAUGAGCGUGGACCAGAAUGACACGCUUUCUUGUUUCUGCAGUGAGGAUUCACCCUCUUUAGACAAUUAUUUUGUAACGUAUCUGCAGGUAAUCGUUGUUUUGAGACAACAACAAAAAACUGUAGUACUUGUAUGUAAAUCAGGGAACCUAAUGAACGGCAUUUAAUGAACGGCAUUUUCACUCAUGCGAUUCGAUUCUCGACGUUCAAUAAAAUAAAAUAAAGAGCAGCUAGGUCGGGAACGACCCAUCACAGUGAAAUGGCAACUUAUGAAAGCACUGAUAAUGAAGCAAAGGACACCACAUCUCCAAACGAGAAUGACAAAACUUGCUGUUUCUGUAAUAUUGCCAAGGAACAGUCGGGGUCGGACACAGAAAUGCAGCUUUUUAAGCCAAGUGUUUAUCAUUCUCAAAUGCGUAAGGAUGAUGAACUGGUCUGCUUUCGUGACCUGAAACCCGGGGCACGGCAUCAUUACCUGGUUGUACCUAGGACACACGUCGGGAACUGCAAAUCACUCCGGAAGGAGCACAUACCUUUGGUGGAGAAGAUGGAGGAGAUGGGAAGGAGUGUAUUGCAGAAGAAAAAGGUGACUGACCUGGAUGACAUAAGGAUGGGGUUCCACAUGCCCCCCUUCUCCUCUGUCCCUCACCUCCAUCUCCACGUCAUUGCUCCUGCCAGUCAGAUGAGCAUCAGGUCGCUCAGGCACUAUGGGCCACAAUCCUAUUGGUUCAUCACUGUAGACAAAGUGCUCCAGCAGUUAAGGACCCAGAACCAGGUCAAAUAAGAACACACCUGGUUUAGCAGGAAACGACAGGACUGGGCCACAACUCUUACAUGGCUGACUGCAUUUCCUCCCUAUACUUGACAUGCACUAAUCUGAAGGACUGGCCCGCAAAAAGAUUUGUUUGUUUUUGGUUAAAAAAGACAGUAAAAUCACCAGGAAUUCUGCAAAAAAUAAAUGAUGUGAUCGUGUCUCAAUGUAAUUCAAGGUAUGAAAUUAUUGUUCUUUUAAAAUGAACUGAACAAAAAUAAACGUAUCGUGCAACAGAGUUAUGGUUCAUAUAAGGAAAUAAAAUUAUCUUGGCAAAGGAGAAAUGCUCACUAACAGGGAUGUAAACAAAUUUGUGCACCAAAUUUAAGAGAAAUAAGUGUGUGGCCAUCUGACACAAACUCACUCUUUAAUGUGGAACAACACUGUUUCUCUCAGAGAGCAGCAAAGGAAAUAUAACAUUAAAGGGCCUUUUGUGCUCAGAUUUGAUCGUUUUUAAGCGUGAUUGUUUUUCUAGGUGGAGAAAACAUCUUGUUGCCUAUCCCUGCACUAGUAGGUAUGUUGUGCUAGAUUUUACUUUGGGGUUAUUUCUAUGCCUUGUUACAUAUUAUUACCAAUGUGGGUAUCAUUGCAGACAGACAGUCUAAUGAUGAGCAAUAGUUUUGAUAAUAAAGACGAAUUAUAUGACACGCUAA